GACCAACCGCCGCCGCGCUGCUGGCUGCCACUACUCCGAAAAGCAUAUCACUACACGACCCGUUUCGUCUCCGGAAUCCGCUGUCGAGCCGAGCCCCUGCCCGCACCAAGGACCGCUGCCCACACCACCGCACCACAACCACAAUUCCCCGCCGCUGCCCAGCUCGGCAACUCGCCUCUCCUCCCGCCACCGGCCCCGCGCUCGGGCCCGUGCUCGCGGCGGUCUCGAUCAGCAGGGCGUCCUGGUCACGGCGUUCCCCGGCGCUUUGGGAUUGCGCGUGGCUCGUAAGGCACGCUUCCCGCGGUACAAGUGCGACCCAAAGGCGCUGGGCAGAGAGGAGCCCUGCAGGCUGCAGCGGCAGCACAACGAGUUCAGGGAUGGCCUCUGAUGGAGCCUUCCACAACCUUCUUCUCCUGGCGGUCCUCCUCUGCCUCGCGCUCACCUCGUCGGUCGGUGGCGAGGCGUCGAGAAGAUUCUGGAUCGAGAAUGAUACCUUCAUGAAGGAUGGGGCGCCGUUCCAGAUCGUCGGCGGCGACGUCCACUACUUCCGCAUUGUUCCUGAGUACUGGAAGGAUCGACUUUUAAGAGCAAAGGCACUAGGCUUGAACACAAUUCAAACAUAUGUACCUUGGAAUCUGCAUGAGCCACAACCACAGAGUUGGAAAUUCAAUGGGUUUGCAGAUCUUGAAUCAUAUCUGAGACUUGCACAAAAAUUAGGAAUGCUGGUCAUGCUUCGUGUAGGUCCAUACAUUUGUGGAGAAUGGGACUUAGGAGGUUUUCCACCUUGGUUGCUCACCAUAGAACCUGCUCUUAAACUGCGAUCAUCUGAUUCGACAUAUCUCUCCUUGGUGGGGAGAUGGUGGGGAGUACUACUUCCAAAAGUAGCACCAUUAUUGUACAGAAAUGGAGGUCCAGUUAUUAUGGUUCAGAUUGAAAAUGAAUUUGGUUCAUUUGGAGAUGACAAGAAUUACCUUCAUUACCUUGUUCAACUGGCUAGAAGAUAUCUUGGAGAUGACAUUGUUCUUUAUACAACUGAUGGGGGCGCCAUGGGCAAUUUAAAGAACGGAUCAAUUUCUCAAGAUGAUGUUUUUGCUGCUGUUGAUUUUGAAACCGGAUCCAAUCCAUGGCCCAUAUUCAGAUUACAGAAGAAAUACAACUUACCAGGAAAAUCAGCCCCUCUAACUUCGGAAUUUUAUACUGGGUGGCUAACACACUGGGGUGAAAGUAUGGCAACAACAGAUGCCACUAGUACAGCUAAAGCCCUUAAAACAAUUUUGUGCCGCAAUGGUUCUGCUGUACUUUAUAUGGCUCAUGGUGGGACCAAUUUUGGAUUUUAUAGUGGUGCAAAUACUGGCCAAGAUGAAUAUGAUUACAAGCCAGACCUUACUUCUUAUGACUAUGAUGCACCAAUUAAGGAGCAUGGAGAUGUGCAUAAUUUAAAAUACAAAGCACUGAGAAGCGUAAUACAUGAAUGUAUCGGGACUCCUCUCCAUCCACUUCCUUCUGACAUUGAAAAGGCAAAUUACGGGCUUGUGAAAUUACAGAAGGUUGCGUCUUUGUUUGACAUCAUUGAUAACAUCAGUGAUCCUUUGAAAGGUGUUGUUUCAGAGCAUCCCCUGUAUAUGGAACAAAUAGGCCAGAUGUUUGGGUUUCUAUUGUACAUAUCAGAAUACCAAGGGAAACUCCCAUCAAGCAUCCUAUCAAUCCCAAAGGUACAUGACAGAGCUCAAGUGUUCCUGUCUUGCUCAACUGACAGUGUCAGAAACCCAAGAUAUGCUGGUGCAAUUGAAAGAUGGUCUAGUAAAACACUAGAAAUACCAAAUUUAGGAUGUCCAGCUAAUACAAGCCUGUAUAUCCUGGUAGAAAAUAUGGGUCGUAUAAAUUAUGGGCCAUAUAUUUUUGACCGAAAAGGAAUACUAUCUCCUAUUCAAAUAGAUGGUGUUACUCUCUGUCACUGGAAAAUGUAUCCACUUACAUUCAAUUCACUGGACAACCUUCCAAAAAUCCAACUAGUCACUCAAAUGCCUGAUGUUAGAGCUAGUAAAGUGUCCAUUAUUCAUGGUCACUCAGAAAAGAAAUUCCAGGAAUCGUCGUUCUAUUUGAAUGAACCUGAAUUUUAUGAAGGCCAUUUCCAUAUUGACUCUGAGAGUGAGAUAAAGGAUACAUUUAUAUCAUUUCGUGGUUGGAACAAGGGUGUUGUUUUUGUGAACAACUUCAACAUUGGAAGAUUUUGGCCGGCACGUGGACCACAGUGUGCCCUUUAUGUUCCCGGGCCAAUCCUCAGACCUGGAGACAACGUCAUUGUAAUCUUUGAACUGCACGGUCCAAAUCCUGAGCUCACCGUCAACUUAGUAACAGAUCCAGAUUUCACAUGCGGUCCAAAACAGUAACAAUGGUAGCACGUGGUGUGCAGAGCACGGUGCAGCGGAUUUGGUCUCCUUCCUCUCGCUUCUCACCUCGACGUUAGUGCUUGUGUGCUGCCAUCCAAAAGAUGCAAGGUUCCCCUUCGCUUUGCGCCACUCAUAGCAUCUUCACGCCAUGAUUAGCAGAGCAGGGCUCAUUCUCUAGAUCCCUCGUCGUAUAUGUUGAUCCACGGUACAUCCAUCGCUCGCUGUACUGAACAUUGUAUUCUCAGAUCUGGGAGUCACCAUUUUAGCAGAGAUGAAUCUACGUGAUCACCAUUUCAGCA